AUGGAUUUACAAAGAUGGGAGGCUGGUAUUCCAGGUAGGACUGGUACUCUAUGGGCAGAAGGUGUUUAUCCGAUUACUAUUGAAUACCCUGAUGAAUAUCCAUCAAAACCGCCAAAAGUCAUGUUUCCUAAAGGGUUUUAUCAUCCUAAUGUGUAUCCUUCAGGGACUAUAUGUUUGAGUAUUCUGAAUGAGGAACAAGACUGGAGACCUGCUAUUACGCUAAAGCAAAUUGUGUUGGGUGUUCAAGACUUAUUGGAUUCUCCAAAUCCAAACUCUCCUGCUCAGGAACCUGCUUGGAGAGCCUUCUCAAGAAAUAAAUCUGAGUACGAAAAGAAGGUUUCCUCUCAGGCCAAGCAAUACACAAAAUAA